GGAGUGGGGACACUGAGAAUGAGCAUCAGAGUUGGUGCGAGAUCUUGGCCUGUGCCGCUCCCUGUUACAGCUCAAUCAUUUCCGUGAAUUAGCCAGCUGCUCACAUCCUCAGCCAGGAGUGGAGAAGAUGCGGGUGCUCAAUGUCUUUCUGCUGAAUGUCUUCUACCUCUCAGCGGCUUCUGCCCAGCGUCCUCUCCUCGUCGGUUUACCAUCAAAAAUGGAGGCGCUGAGCGACUCAUGUUUGCAGAUCCCCUGUAAUUACACUUUUACAGACAACUUGGUGCUAAACUCACCACUCAAUGGAGUCUGGAUGAUCAACGACGUCCGAUUUGAACAGCAUCCUGAAAAUGUGAUUUACAAUGGGUCACUCAGGAAAUUUCCAAUGGAAUUCAAUGGAAAUCUGAGUGAGGGAAACUGCAGCACGUUGUUCUCAAAUAUGAAGAAAAUCUACUCAAACACAUAUUACUUUCGAAUUGAAAGUGAAACAGGAAGGGCAACUGAUAGAUUCCGACCUCUCCAAGUCACAGUUAAUGACUCUCUGAUACCAGAUAUGAUCGACCCAGGGGAGCAGAAAGAGAACAACACCAUCACCAUCACCUGCACUGCCCUGACUCCUUGCCCUCAGUCUCCUCCAACACUCACCUGGAAUCUCCCACGACAGCCCGAGAUCACCAGACACCAAAACAAGGACGGAACCUUCACCAGUAAAAUCCAACAUGCCAUCACUCUGUCGGACCACCACGACGGACUCACCAUCCAGUGCAAAGCUUCCUAUCCGGUGAAUAUUGGAAACGGAGUGAAGCUCUCUGACAGGAAUCUGACCCUCCGUGUUUUAUUUGCUCCCAAAAACACCAUGGUACGGGUCAGUCCAUCCACUGUGGUGUCAGCUGGCACUUUUGUGAACUUGAGCUGCUCCAGUCGAGCCAAUCCUCCUGUCAGCCUCUUCACCUGGUUCUGGAUCAGCUCAGAGGGAGCUGUGAACGUGUCUGUGGGCGACUUGUUCACAGUCAACGUGACGGAGAGACAAGAGUAUUUCUGUGAGGCCAGGAACCAGCUGGGACCAGGAACUUCACAGAGGAUCACGCUGACGAUCCCUGAACAAAUUCACUGGUGGAUAAUUCUCGGAGGAAUUGCUGCAAUCACAGCUUUCAUUUUCAUCGGAGUCUAUCUUUGGUGCCUGAACUCAGCCCAAAAAAGGUCACCGCUUAUUCAAAGUGAAAGAGCAGAGGAUUCACCUGCAGCUGAAACCCAUGAAAUCCAGUACGGAGAAAUUGACUUCUCAAAACAGAAAGUGGACCAGACUACAUCAGAAUCAGGCCAAGAGCAAGAGCAACACACUGUGUACGCACAAGUUAAUGUGCGCAAGUAAUGGAGUGACUGUCAUAGUCCACCUUGUAUGUACAUGCAGUAUGUAUACAUUUUUACCACCACGAACAUUACGAACAUUAGAACUUGACCAUCUGGAGGGUCACUGCUGCAUACUGCAGUGGAUGGACAUCCCUUUAAGCUCUAACGCUGCCAAGUCCUUCAGGGUUCUUCUGCUGACCAUAGGGAGAAACACAGGUGAAAAACAAUGCGCAGGAUGCAUGGUAAAUGCCAGCAGAAACUGAAUACCAAUGAGCUCUUUCAGUAGUUAAUUGAAGCAGAAUAAAGGUGAUAAAUAGCAAUAAAUGUCAUGAAAAAGAAUUUGCCAUAGAAACUUUCACGCAAAAUGCUGCAGGGAAUAAGAAAAGACCAAAUAUAUAGAAGAAACAAUAUGUAAUGAGCAAAAACAACUACCCUGGGCAGUCUGCAGUCCUGACUACACCUCAGUUCUGGAAUUGUUACGCAAUAAAAACAAGAUGCAUAGUUGGAUUGUAUAUUUCACUUCAAAACAGUUGAUGCAAUACAUCAUCAAAGUUUUGAUGGAGGCGAAACUUUUUAAAAAGUCCAAUGGGAUAUGCUUAGUGAGUCAUUCGCAACAGAAAAGUGUAGUGAAACUGCAGAAUUCUGCCCUUUUCAGUAGGAUUUGCAAGUUGCUGGUGAAGUGAAAAUGCUCAGGCAGGGGCGGAGCUUGAGGAGACGUGGCUGGCAAGUAAUAGAUUCCUCUAAUCCAGGACAACUUUAGGGAAAUACAUUUUGUGAUGUUCAUGGGUUCAAAGCAUUCAAUAAAGACGUGCCACAUGACUGGCUGCAUUUAACUGAAGACACACGCAUCUUCCCAGUGGUUCUGCCACAGGUGCAUUCGGGGUCUCAAGCAUCCAUCAUUAACUGCAUGGAUCACCUCACCCCUGAUGCGGGAACCAUGAAGACGGUAUGAACAUAGAACAUGUCCCCUCUUACAAUUUGAAUUCAUUCAAUUAUCAGGGGACAAAAGAUUGUUGUAAAGUGAAAAUAAUGAUGAGCUCUAAUGGGGCUUAAA